AUGUCUUCCAGGCAGCCAUCCCUCUCCACCCUCCCUUGUGAACUUCGUUUGCAGAUCUACUCUUACACCCUCUCUUCCACCACCGCCCUCACCAUCAAGCCGGCCGUCGUCGCCACCAAGACCAACCAGUGGUGGGACCGCCCAUUCCGCGACUACACCGCACCAGGCAUCAUGCUCACCAACCGCCAAAUGCGCUCCGAGGCGCUUGAGCUCUACCACAAGUUUCUCCUCUCCCACGUCGUGGACCUUCAAGGUAUGACUGAUCCCACCACUGGUGGCAAAGACGUGAAGAUAGCUAAUGAGACAGGCACAAUCGAUGCGAUUGACAACCCACGCAAGCAUGGUACAAAAGCAUUGGGUUUCUUCAUCCCUUCUUUCUCUGUCUCCUUCCAUCUCAUCAUCCAGGCUGCUGGCGAGCUUGUGAUGCAUGAUCUACACAUGGCCAUAUUCUCCCACGUCCGACGAAGCUCACUCAUCGCGACCUACCACCUCGCUACUCACCUCCUGCUCACCACCUCCGCCAAACUCACCACCAAGCUCACCACCCUCCCAUGCCCGCAGACUUUAGAAAAGACUGCUUCACCAUCAGCGUACGUCCGCACACACGGCAAUAUCAGCUAUAUCAAUCACCACUCAUGUCCGAGCCCGCCUCUAACAAGCGCGUCAAGACGUCUCACAGCACCCCUGCUCCUGUCACCGGAACUCACAGCGUCACACGCCAACGAAGCUCUCGUCAUCUACCUCCUCCGCCUGCUACUCGAAUACCAGAAUGCCUUCUUCACCCGCACAUGA